AUGAACAGAACUAUAAUGGACAAGGUUAGAAGCAUGCUACAGGAAACAGGCCUAGAGAGUGAAUUUUGGGCAGAAGCAGCAUCUACAGCAGUCUACAUUAUCAACAGAUCUCCGUCAUCAGCUAUAGAGUUUGAGGUACCAGAACAUCUAUGGACAGGUCACAAGCCAGACUACAGUCACCUAAGGAGGUUCGGGUGCAUCUCCUAUGUGCAUACAGUGUCAGAUAAGAUCAGUCCAAGGGCAGUUAAAGCAGUUCUACUGGGUUAUGCACAAGGUACUAAAGGAUACAGGUUUUGGCUACUAGAUGAACAGCGAGUUACUAUCAGUAAGGAUGUGGUAUUCAAUGAGAAUGUGGUCUACAAACAGCGAGAUGCAGUGGAAACAGUGACAGUUGAGUCAGUUCAGGCAGUCAGUAAGAAAGGUAAGAAGAAAGUUACCUUCAAGGAUGAUUUGAUAGAGGAUCAGGCAGUCAGUCAGUCGCGUCAGGAUCAGUCGACUCCGUCUUCAAGUCAAGGUGGAGUUCCUCAGGACACAGAAACGGCAGAAGAAUCAGAUACUUCAAAUUCGUCAGGGGAAAGUGACAGUGAUAGUGGGAAAGAGAAAACUGAAGACCUCAGUGAGUACCUUCUAGCCAGGGAUCGCGAAAAGAGAAAGCGCAGGCCUCCAUCAAAGUUCGGUGAAGCUGACAUCGUUGCAUAUGCUCUGAUGUGUGCUGAUUCCAUCAACCUGGAUGAACCUAAAUCAUAUGCAGAAGCACAAAGAAGUAAGGAUAAGGUUUUGUGGAAUGGAGCAGAAGAUGAAGAAAUGGAUUCACUUCACAAGAAUCACACAUGGGAUCUCGCAGAUAGACCUAAAGACCAGAAAGUCAUUGGAUGCCGAUGGCUAUACAGGCUUAAACCAGGGAUUCCAGAGAUAGAGCUACCUAGACACAAAGCAAGGUUGGUAGCUAAAGGUUAUGCUCAGAUAGAAGGUAUUGACUACAAUGAUGUGUUUGCGCCAGUGGUAAAGCAUGUGUCAAUACGGAUAAUGUUGUCUAUCGUUGUCAAUCAAGACAUGGAAUUGGAACAGUUGGAUGUAAAGACAGCGUUUCUACAUGGAGUCCUACAUGAAACUAUCUACAUGGAGCAGCCUGAAGGGUAUGUAGUUAAAGGGAAAGAAGAUAAAGUGUGUCUCCUAAAGAAGUCCUUGUAUGGACUAAAGCAGUCACCUAGAGAAUGGAAUCACCGAUUUCACAAGUUCAUGAUCAAGCAGAAGUACAAGCGCAGUGAAUAUGACCCGUGUGUCUACCGAAAGGGGAAGUCCUAUGCAGAUAUGGUUUACCUACUACUAUAUGUGGAUGAUAUGCUUAUCGCGUCAAAGAGCAAGUCAGACAUCAAAGUUUUGAAAGCAAUGCUAAGUGCAGAGUUCGAAAUGAAGGACUUAGGUCCAGCAAGGAGGAUUCUCGGCAUGGAUAUAAUCAGAGACAACAAGAGAGGUGUUCUAGUUCUAUCGCAGGAAGCCUAUCUACAGAAACUACUCAAAACGUUCAGUAUGUGGGAUUGCAGAGAGGUUCAGACGCCAUUGGGUUCGCAUAUCAAGCUACAGGCACUAACACCACAACAAGAGGUUGAACAAGCAAGGGAAAUGGAUAAAAUACCUUAUGCGAGUGUAGUCGGAAGCUUGAUGUACGCCAUGGUUGGCUCCAGGCCGGAUCUCGCAUACGCAGUUGGAAUGGUAAGCAGGUACAUGGGAAAACCAGGAAGAGAGCAUUGGUCAGCGGUUCAGUGGAUAUUGAGAUACUUAAAAGGUGCAGCAAGCAAGUGUUUGACAUUCACAAAAGACUCAGAGCUAAAGGUAACAGGUUAUUGCGACUCGGACUACGCUACAGAUCCAGAUAAAAGGAGAUCUAUCACAGGAUACGUUUUCACAGUUGGUGGGAACACAGUAAGCUGGAGAUCGUGUUUACAGAAAUUUGUGGCGUUAUCUACAACAGAGGCUGAAUAUGUGGCACUAUCAGAAGCAAGCAGAGAAGCAGUUUGGCUAAAAGGGAUUUGUGAAGAGUUGGGUUUCAAGCAAGGAGUAGUCAAUAUUCAUUGUGAUUCACAGAGUGCAAUCUAUCUAGCGAAAAAUCACAUGUUUCACGAAAGGACGAAGCACAUUCAAGUGAAAUACAACUAUAUUAGGGAAGUCAUUGACGAAGGUGAUGUACAGGUUCAAAAGAUUCAUACUUCAGUCAAUCCAGCUGAUAUGUUGACGAAAUCGUUACCUGGAGACAAAUUCGGCGGAUGCUUGCAGACGCUGAAGGUUAUUGGAGCUUGA